GUCCCGCGAGCAGCCAGCAGCUCCGCGCGUCGGCAUGGUCGCCGCUCUGGCCGCGCUCCUCGCCGUGGCGGCGCUGGCGGGAGACGCCGGCGCAGUGCUGCUGUCGCCCACCCGCCUGGCGCACGCAUUCCGCCACCUGCUGGCGCAGCUGCCGCGCGGCCUGGCGCUGCCCGACCUGCUCCGGAGCAAGCUCGGCGUGCUGGAGGGCCUCCGCAACCUCGUGGUGGACGCCCAUCUGCAGAAGUUCCAAGAGCCGGUGGGCGGCGACAGAGCCUUCCCCUGCCCCACGGCGGGCGGCAGGUCGCCGGAGCGACCCCCCAGCGUGCACCGCCUGCGGCCCGGGGACAUCGACGUGGUGGGCGCCAUCGGCGACAGCCUGACGGCGGGCACGGCCGUGGCGGCGCGCAGCCCCUGGGAGUGGUUCGUCGACAACCGCGGCAUGACGGCCGCCAUAGGCGGUCAGUCGACGUGGCGACGCUUCCUGACGCUGCCCAACAUCCUGAAGGAGUUCAACCCGCGGCUGGUGGGCUACUCCACCCGGGACUCGUGGAGCCUGGCCGAGGACAGCGCGGAGCAGUCGCAGCUCAACGUGGCGGAGCGCGGCGCCGAGAGCAGGGACAUGCUGCGACAGGCGCGGGAGCUCGUGCGCCGCAUGUCGUCCGACCGCAGGGUGGACCUGGCUGCCGACUGGAAGUUGGUUACAAUUUUCAUGGGGUCGAACGACUUCUGCUACGAAAUAUGCAACUUCAAGGCUUCGGAAGUGCUGAAGAACCACAGAGCGGACCUGGAGAUGACCUUGGACUACCUGCGAGACAACCUGCCUCGCAGCUUCGUCGCAGUCAUCCCUUCGCCUGACCUGUCCAGCUUCGUGGGCGUCAAGGGAAAAGCACUCCAGUGCGAGCUGCGCAACCAAAUUGCCUGCCCCUGCCUGCUGGGGAAGAACUUCCUGAGCCGCAAGAAGGAGUUCGCGCAGACCAUGAAGCAGUUUAGGCAGGUGCAGUACCAAGUGGUGAACUCCAGCAGGUACGAAGGGAAAGAGGACUUUGCAGUGGUGCUGCAGCCGUUCAUGGAGCAGCUCGCCUUGCCGGAGCGUGAUGGCAUGACGGACUUCUCCUACCUGGCCAUAGACUGCUUCCACUUAAGCCAGAAGGCGCAAGCCAGGGCUGCCAACGCGUACUGGAACAACCUGCUGCAGCCGGUGGGGACAAAGUCACGCACCUGGGACCGGCUCUUCAAGUCGUUCCUCUGUCCAACCGGCCAACACCCCUACAUCUACACCAGGAGAAACAGUGGGAGCUAACGGCCGCGUUGCUCGCUCCGAGCUGCACCUGCCAUGUUCAUUCCUUGAGCUUUGCUCUCAAGGGAAACAGUGGCUUGAGUAAUACCAAAGAACUGAAACACCAUUACGGAAUGCCAGGAAGUGUAUUAAAGGACAAUUCACUCUACGGUAUGAAUAUAAAUGGAUCUCACUUAAAAUAAACGGAUAAAAG